AUGACAACCUCAGCAGCAUUCAUUCAUCAACUACGCGAGAAAUCGAAAACAUUGCAUUUACUUCGAUGGAUCCACCUCGCCAACGCUAUCCUAUGCAUUAUCCUUACAGGCCUUCUCAUUGGUGUGGCCGUCGAUAUCCGUUCAUUCAUCUCUAAUGGAGCCGCAUUGUCAGGCUUUGGCAACUAUACCACAUUCACUUUCCCAGCAACCUAUGUGUACAUGCUCAUCCCAGCAGUGUGUGCCCUUGUUUACAGCAUCAUUCUUUUUUGUGACCCAAGCCCUUCUUAUCCAGCAUGGCAACCAUGUAGAACAUUCCUUGGCAGCAUUGGAUGUUUUUCAGCCGCACUCUUUCUCGCCGCAUUAUUACCCGUAUUGCCUGGAGCCGAUAUUAUGACAGCACCUGAAUCAGCAAUGACAUGCACGUGGCGGGAUUACAUGUCAUGGAGGAUCAUUUACAAUAAUCCAGAAGCGUUUCCAUGGGUGGUUAAAAUGGAUAGUGCAUGCCAACAGCUUCGAGCAGCGGAUGCCAUGUGCUGGAUAGUGUUCAUUGGAUGGUUGGCCACACUCGUCUCAUAUGUCCAACGUGCAAGAAGAGCAAAGAUAAUACGUGAGGAUAACAUUGUUGAUGAGAAGACUGAGGAUGCAUCGGGUCGGAUCGGCAGCUGA